CGUGACGUCACUCUUUCAUACGCUCCCUCCUACGGACAGCCCCAGCCUUUACAGAUGUGCCCGCAGUUAUGUGAUUUUACGUCAAGGGACGCUUGUACUCGUGUUCCGAAGGGGCAGUGUGUGUAGGGGAGUGUGUGUGAAAAGAAGCAGAGACCUUUCUUUCACUGGGGGAAAAGUCCCCAGCAAAGUAACGUUAUAUCGCUUCAGAGCCGCCCGCGGCUCACGGAUGUAGUGAGGUAGUGACAUAGGUGCGCAGAUCCGAUGAAGAUUCCAACUUAGCAGAAGUGACUUUACACGUCCCGGACACGGAGCAGCUGUGGAGACGUAUACCGCGGGGAAAUCCGGCAAAUGAGAUUUGACCCAGCCAAUGCUCAGGCCAUACUCACUAGGCUGUGAGUGCAAUGGUUUGGUCCACAAUGCUGACAUUCCUGCUGCAUAUUUUCCUCGUCUCCCACGGUGUUUUGUGUUAUGAGCCAGAGCUAGAAGGCUCUCUCUAUGAGGGUGCCCUUGACCUCCCAUGGCAGGAUGAGUUAUGCUGUGACUCACCUACAGCCCAUCUCACUGGGAAGGCAGAUGACAGACACAGGAUACAGUCCAGGGGGCCUGUGGGAAAUCUGUCUCAAUCAGACCACCCACACCAUCCUCACUGUCACUUUACAAGCGCAAGAAGAAAACUGCACCUUCAGAAAAAUCAUGAUUCCCCAGGAGAGAUCUGUAUGAAUAUCACCUGCAGAAUUGAUGAGGAGCAACAAAAUGUAAUUUUCGAUAUUAAGGCUGGAAUCCUACUGUCAAAUGCAUGGAGUGCGGGAUUGAUAGCAAUUAGCUUGAAGCACCUGGUGCCACAGAAAAUGGACACCGGAGCGAAGGAUGUGGUUGCUGUUGUUGAUAAUCGUAUGGUCUGUGCGGCAGAAGAAUCUCUCACGUGCUCUUUUACUCGCAACGAUACCGCCAGCUUCAUCGCUGUGGUCACCAUUGGCUUCGCUAACGCCACAGCACCACCUGUGCGACUUAGCAUUCCCACUCGUCAUGUAAAACCAAGUCCUCCAUUCAAUCUGACACACACUCACACCAUCGAGGGACAGCUGAUUUUAAGCUGGACUGACCCAUCACAGUUUAACCCUGGCCGGAUGAGCUGUGAGGUCCGGCAUACUACAAAAAGCAGUCAUCCAGUCUGGCAGGUUGUGUACGUUUCUGGAGAAUCCAGGGUGUCUCUGGAUCUGAGGCCCAGGUUGAACCACACUAUCCAGGCUCGAUGCUCCCACCUUGGGCAGCAGCCUCCGCUCUGGAGUGGAUGGAGCCAACCCCAUCAUAUCUACCUAGACACUGUGAGUUACAUCCCAGACAAAGUGGUGGCGCGUCCGGGAGAGAAUAUAACUGUGUACUGCGUGUUUAAUGACCACACCGUCAACGCCAGUACAGCAGUCUGGAUGCUGAACUUUAAACAUAAGCUUACCCACACCCAGUACAGCCAGGUCAACCAAUGGGUCAGCCAGAUCACAAUGCGGCCAUCAGAGAAGAGGAUGUAUGACCUGCUGCAGUGUACUCAGGCACGACAGUGGCAUAUCCCUUACAGCCAGAUCUAUGUUGAAGGUGCUGCCAUUGAUAUAAGCUGCGUGACCAGCGGUGACAUUGAUGCCAUGACCUGUAGCUGGAAAAACCUGCAGUUGACAACGCUCAAUUUCUUAGCCAGGUGGGCGGAUCUGCCAUGCGAUGUAAUGGAGGAGAGGGAGCGAGCCGGGGAGGAGGUCGGAGAGUUGGGGCAGGCAACAUGCCAGUCAGGGCGACUUGUGGAGAGGGUGUGGAGCUGCACCAUUCAGCCUCUGAGGAUGAACUGCUACAAGCUGUGGCUGGAGGUGCAGUCUCCGAUGGGCCCCAUCAGGUCCAGGCCCAUCUAUGUCUCACCCACAGACCAUGUAAAACCUCAUAAACCAUCUAAUGUGAAGGCAGUGAGCCAGCCCAGUGGCAUAUUGACUGUAUCAUGGGAGCCUCCACCUCUCCCUGUUGAAGGGCUUCAGUGUCAGUUCCGUUAUCACUCUCCUACUGUGAGAGCCCAGCCAGACUGGAAGAUCCAAAGGCCAACACAGGUUACACGGGCUGAGGUUGUGGUGCCAGACAUGUGCCGUGUAUACGUUGUGCAGGUCCGCUGCAUGCACAGCAAUGGUACAGGCUACUGGAGCGACUGGAGUGAAUCUGUCUACUCCACACCCCAGAACAGUAGAACACCUGAGCAUGGACCUGAUUUCUGGAGAGUUCUUCAGGAUGAUCCAUACAGAAACCAGACCAAUGUCACUCUGCUAUUUAAGGAUAUGCAACUAAAAGGACGCUCCUACUGCUUAGAUGGAUUUGUAAUUCAGCACCAGACAUCCGGGGGUGCUGUUUUUCGUGAACGGCUAGAGCAGGCGGCCUCCUACAGCUUUGAGUGGAGCCAGGAGGUUCACACUGUGACUGUGGGAGCCUUCAACAGCCUGGGGAGCUCGACCAAUAACAUCAACAUGACACUAGACAGACAGCCCAAACGGCAUUGUGUGCGAUUCUUCCAUGUGUUGGUGCUCAACAAUACUUGUGUGUCUCUGUCAUGGAGUCUGAUGGACAACUGCUCUGCGCCCAUUGCCAUGGUGGUUCAGUGGUCAGCAGAGAGGCAACAGGAUGCUGGCAGACAAAACAGCCAAAGUGCAGAAACUUGGGCCAGGCUCCCCUACACAGAUGGCACAUUCUACCUAAAGGGCAAUUUCUUUGGGUCAGAGGAGUAUGGCUUCACCUUGUAUCCUGUGUUUGCUGAUGCAGAAGGGGAGCCGGUGCACACCAUAGCCACGAGAGGGGACCCUGCGGCCUACAUGCUUCUGACAACAAUCACCUUCCUGUCUAUCGUUCUCUUUGUGACUCUCGUCCUCUCCCAAAACCAGAUGAAGAAGUUUGUGUGGAAGGAUGUUCCCAACCCCAACAACUGUUCCUGGGCCAAAGGGCUCGAUUUCAAAAAGGUGGACACCCUUGACCACCUGUUCCAACUCCCAGAGGGUCUGGCAGCUUGGCCAUUGCUGUUGCCUCCAGAGAAGAUUUCCCAAGCUGUUGUAGCAGACAAGCCAGACAUCCCAGUUUUAACCGCAGCCAUGGUCCAAGCUCCUCCCAUUUCCUUUUCUCCGGACCCUGUCUCUUCUCCCGUCAUCUGCCUAGCGUCAGGGUUGACCCCACGGCUCGACCAGACUAAAUCUGAUGACAUUGUGGGAGCAGCGCCCUCCCUGACUCCCACAGUGGGUAUCUUAGUGACAUCAGCUCCUCAGUUAAUUGACAGACAGAUGGAUGAUAUCCAACCAGGGAUCUUUCCCGGUACUAUGGAAAGCUCUGCACAGUCAUCAGUCACCUAUGCCACUGUGCUCCUCUCUGACCCGGGGCAGGACCAGCCUUCACUUCACCUACACUAUAAGGAGGGCAGUGGAAGCAGCUCCAGCGAUGAGGGAAACUUCUCUGCCAACAAUUCUGACAUUUCUGGAUCAUUCCCUGGAGGCCUGUGGGAGCUGGAGAGUUGCCGAGGUGGGGAGGCAGACGAUCCGCGGCGCUCCUGCUCCUACAACUCUGUGGAAGAGUUUUCCGAGACAUCUGAACAGGAUGAGGACGAAGGGAUGAGAGAAGAGAAGGACCUGUAUUAUAUGGCAGAGGAGGUGGAGGAGGAGGAGGAGGAGGAGGAAAGAGAACAAGUGGAGAAAGGGGAAACAAAGAUUGGGCUUCUUGAAAAUGCAGUUUUGAGCAGAAAGGAUUGUUGUGUGGAAUCAAACCCAUUACUUGGACCCGGGGACUCUAACAAGCCUAAUGAGCUGGCAUCCGGGUCAAUGGGUGGUUUCUCCUUAUUGUAUCUGCCCCAAUUCAGAACUGCCUCGUGCACAGAAAGCACCCCCAGGCUAUGAGCUAAGGCGCUAUGUUGAGAACUGACACAAAUGCACUUUUUAAAAAAAUGCAUAUGAUGUUGUAGUUGAAUGUGCCAUACAUCACAGCGUGUUGCCGGAACUGGUUUUCAUGAUUUUCCUGGUAAGCCUAGUGAAGUGUGAUGUCACAAAGUGUAAAAUACCUCGCCUGAAUAAGUCACUCAAAGUGUAGCUAUUCGCUAAUGCUGCUAUUGUGUACUGUGGGGGGAAAAGCAAGAGGUAGGAGGAUAGGAGGGCGCGUUCCUGUAAUCUGCAAUUAUUUCUUUCUUAAAUGGGUUUAGGUUUAAGCCUAACUUCUACUGUACCAAACUGCUCCUCUUCAAGUGGCUUUGUAGUGGUUUCUGUGGCGGGCGAGUGGCUACCGGGGGUAAAUGGGUAUUAUGAGACGUGCUAACACCUGGGUUAAUUUCAGCAAUUAUUUGGUCUAUGGUAAGGUCAAUUUACCCUUAAUCGGGUGUCAAAGCAGUGUGUGGUAAGUAACCGGGUAGGUGGGCACAUGUCUGUAUACCUGCAUUUACCCGUGCCCACCUUGCUGCUAAAAUGUAAGAGCAGCCAUUCUGAAUGCUGCCAGGGCCACGAGGGGGAACGAGGAGGAGAUUCAAACCGAAAAGAGAAAACGUUUGCUCUCCUCCGAGCACAUUCGACUUUGAAGUUAAAAGCACACGUGUUUCUGUUGAAAGCUGCCGCUGCGACUGACUCAUUAACUGACUCACUGACUGGAAAAGUAUUUUGCGGAGGAUGCAAAAGCCGUUGGAAGAGACCGGCGGCGGCCCUUUGUGCUCGAAUUCAAACACAACUAUGAGGGACAGUUUGCAGACUGUAAUUUGCAAUGAUGACAUUACCUGCCAACAUAAACAGUGUGUGUCAUUCCAUUGUGAGAUACUCUAGUUGAGAUGUUAAAAAUUUGUGAGACAUUGUGCUUAAUUUUUCUGUGCUUUUUAGUUUCAACUGAAAGCUGUAAAAGGAUGUAAACAAAAGACAUUAGAAUGUACAUUUGAGCCCAGUGGAUGAACAUGUAUGAAAACAAUCCUGGAGCAUGGUUUGGGUUUAAAAUUUGUAUAUUCAGAUAUCUUGUGUGUUUCUAGAUGCAAAGCACCUCAUGGAGCUAGCUUUUAACUCACUCACUCACUCAAGAUUCUCCACAAAGGAGAGCGGGUCACGUGCACAGCACUAGGGGUGCUCUGCAAGAGUUGUGCAUUGCAUCCAUGACACUGUGUGUCCUUAAUUGGGAAAAGCUAAGUAUUUAUUGUGAAUAGUUGUGAUUUCUUGAACAAGGUGGAAAUUAUACAUUUCCUGAUUUACUGUCUUCUAAUGUAUUAGACGACGUACCGUGCAUGUGUUGGCCGUGCACAAUAAAAUAUUGCACUACAAAUUGUCAGGAAAAAGAGUGGACCAGCGGUGCAAAGAUGGCAGCCACCAUGUGUGAUGUCAGCAUUAUUUUCAUGACUGUCACACAGGGCAAAAGGUCAAAAUAUUAAGUUCAUUGCUCUUGCCAGUUCAGACAGACUAGAUGUGUGUACUGUGGGAUGAGUAACGGCAAAAGACAAUGACAUUACUCCAAAAGGCUGCCUUCUCUGUGUGCAUCACUAUUCUGGUGUUUUAAGCAUAAAUAUUGGGAGAAUAAAUAGCUUAUUUCUGCUA